AUGUAUCAACAAAACGAUUUUGACAUUGAUUUCACUCUUCUAGAAUCCCUCCGACAACACUUGUUGGGGGAAUUCGACGGUCCGGAUCAGUUUGUCGGCUUCAACGAUUUCUGGUCGCCGGCAUUGCCCAUUCAAGAUAACUCUUCCGAUGACAUGUUGGUUAUGAGUUUCCUAAAUGACUCCACACCAGAGACGACGGUGGUGGUCUCCGAUUUUGUAAAACCAGAGCCGGCUGAUUUCUCCUCCUCCUCCUCCAAUGUGACUGUUAUUGAAGGAAAUGGAGUAGUGUCUGGUGAAGUGAAAUCGCCGGUGCCGGCGACGGUGACGGUUCCGGUGCAGGAGAGGCAUUUCAGGGGAGUGAGACAGAGGCCUUGGGGAAAAUUCGCGGCGGAAAUUAGGGAUCCGGCGAAGAAUGGAGCCCGGGUUUGGUUGGGAACUUACGAGACGGCGGAGGAUGCUGCCCUAGCUUAUGAUAGGGCGGCGUUUCGUAUGAGGGGAUCUAAGGCAUUGCUGAAUUUUCCGCUCCGGAUUAAUUCGGGUGAACCCGAACCGGUUAGAGUCACUUCUAAGAGAUCUUAUUCAUCUCUUCAAAGAACAUCUUCUUGUUCUUCUUCCUCUUCAUCAUCAUCGGAAAGUAUUCCAAAGAGAAGGAAGAAGGCGAUUGCUGCUAUUCCUCAAACACUGAAAUUCGAAGUUGGACUGACAGAAGUUCCACGUGGCGAAGAUUUAUGGGUUGGUGAGUGGUGA